UUUGUUUCAUUCAUAAAUGAUUCUCACUUUUCUCAAUCUUUCAUUAUAUUAUACAGGCAUUAGCUAUGAUGGGUAAAGACUUUGAAAACGACACCUCAAAACAGAGACGAUCUGGUGUUCAGUGUCUCGAGCUUGAAAGCAGCUUUUUGGACAUAAAUUCUGAUGCAGAUGACGAUGUUUUUAGUGACGAAGAAGUGGUUUCUAAUCAUUCCAAUGUGGCUGAGCGCUUGGGUAUCCUUCAUGCAAUCUACCAGAAUGACUAUCGAACCUUUGUGGACCUCCUUGACUCUGGAUUUGAUCCUAAUAUGUGUGAUUGUGAUGGUAACCCCCUUUUACACAUCGUUAUUGAGAAUGGAAACAACGAAAUGAUGGACUACUUGCUUCAAGAUGAACAUUGCGAUGUAAAUCGUGAAAAUAAAUUCCAACAGACACCAUUGAUCAUCGCUGUGAUCAUGGAUGAUUACCAUAUGGUUAAAACCUUGGUGAAAGCAGGAGCUGAUGUGAACAAAACAGAUUCAACAGGAAAAACGGCCCUUUUAAUAUCUCUCCAAGAUUCAAGGACGGAUAUCAGCCAGUAUCUGAUUAAACACGGAAGUGACGUCAAUGUGGUGGACCGUUUGGGUCAGAGCGCAUUGUUUAUCAUCAUUGAAAGCAUGGACCUCAAAUGUGUGAAAACUGUGAAGAAAUUGUUAAAAGCAGGAUACGAUCUCCAGAAAGAUACAACGUGGAUGAAAGAAGAGGGUCUUGAUGUCGACAUUGUGAAAAGUGGAAAUUGGGUUUCAAAACUUGCUAGAAAACUUGCAAACAGACUUCAUACAAUGAAAUCGAAUCAACUUUCGUCUGCUACAUCACGCUCAGACUGUUCUUCGAAAAAGCCACGGGUCUUGACGAUUUAUCAAUAAAUCACUGAUAUGAAACUCAUUAUAGAACACAAUAUAAGUGAUUUAUUAGUUAAAGACUGGUGACAAAGAUAUGGAGAUAGAAAGAAUCAUUUGAAUAAACUGCUUCACGGAAAAGAAUCGCCUUUAGAUUUCGAGGAAGACAAUUUUAUUAUAUGCUUCAUUUGUAUGAUAACUACAUGUAUGUCAUACUGUCUUAAGUUGUCAACACCACUGUCUAGUUUAUCACUGAAGUUGUCACGUUAUAUACCUUCGUCCACUUACAUAUCAAACUUUAAGUGCUUUUUUUAUAAAUCAUUUAUACGUUGUGAAAUCCUGUUUUUAUAUUUUUGUAAUGUUUUAUUUUAAUAAUAAAUGGUUAUAAACCUUG